AAACCCGACAGCACUCGCACUGCUGUCAUGUGAUUACAUUUUUCACCUGACUGACAUUUUUCUUCGCAAAUUUCCUCAACAGCAAUUGGGCGACGGCUGAAAAAUUGUAGAUUUUCCCCGUGGAAAACUAUCGAAGUUCAGGAAGAAAAAUCACAGUGCAACCUUUCAGCACCACUCUAACAAGUACAGCAGCAAAAUGAAAAUCUGUGGUCCCAAAUUGUCGCUCUGCGGUUUGAUCAUCUCCGUCUGGGGAAUCAUACAAUUGGUACUGAUGGGAGUAUUCUUCUUUAUACACAGCGUUGCGUUGAUUGAGGAUCUACCCAUCGGUGAAGAGUUUCAUUCGGUUGAGGAAUUUUAUACAGCAGCCAACGCAGCAUACAACCAGAAUGCCUAUAACUGUUGGAUCGCAGCUUGCAUCUAUGUGCUUACACUUCUAUUGUCCGCUCAACAAUUCUACGUAAACAGCCGAGCGACUUCCAAUUAAUUUGGUAACAGUAUGCCGGGGAACAGCAAAACAAAUCAUACAAGUGCAUACCAAUUCAAAUUGCAAUCACAUGUAAAGUUCAUUGCCCUUUUACGGCUUAAGUUACACCUUCAUCAAGCACAGUAGUUUAGCAGGUGCAGUCAGCGCAAGUUCUAUAAUAAACAAAAAUACAAUAGAAAAUGUACAUAGCAUUGUAAUGGAAGCGAAGCAAAGAAAAAAUAAAAAGGCUGCAUCGACCACAUUCUCUCAGUGUCAUCACCUUCAAUAUCAUCA